AUGAACGCAAUAUGGGCUUUCCGUUGUUGUGGAUUGUUGUUGAGAUCUCCAUGCGCGAAAAGGCAUUCGCAGCGAGGCCUGUAUGCCCUGACGCGUUUCUCGUCCACGCAAACAACCCCAACUCCAACAUCGAAGCCAGUGUCUGAGAAUGCGAGAUCUUCCGCCGUUCCUCUUUCGGAAAAGGUAGAAUUCUGGAAAGAUGCGCCUCGGGAUGGGAGUUUGCACCCAAAUCUUGCCCCCCGAUAUAAAGCUGGUGAUCAUAUUCCAGAAAAUGAAUCAUCGUACAGGCAGUCUACACGCCUCUACAUCCGUACCGAAAAUAUGACAAGAAAAGAAGGAUAUUCUUUCAUCAAGCUACCACACUUUUGGUUACGUGAUAGCUGUCGAUGCCGCAAAUGUGUCAAUCAGGACACGAUGCAAAAAACCUUCGAUACGUUCUCGAUCCCCAAGGAUAUUACGCCUGCGAAAGUCACUACUGAGAAAGAAGGUCUCCAUAUCAAGUGGGCCAGCGAAGACGGACAUGAAAGUUUCUACCCAUGGGAGUGGAUAUUCAAAAAUAAAUACGAGCUGGUGCAAAAUACCAUCUCUGAAAACCAGAAAGUGUGGGGAUCGGAGAUUGCUUCUGAUCCUCCGUCUGUUCACUAUGAUGAGAUUAUGGCCAAUGAUUCUGCCAUGUUUCAAUCUACUGACGUUGUAUGGAACACGUAUGGAUUCUGUUAUGUCGACGGCUGCCCCGUAUCGCCUGAACGGACCAAAGAACUUCUUGAGCGGAUAGCUUUUAUCAGAGUUACACAUUAUGGUGGAUUCUACGAUUUUACCUCGGAUCUUACCAUGAAAGAUACCGCCUACACCAGUCAGGCUCUUGCCGCCCACACAGACACCGCUUAUUUCACCGAUCCAGCUGGUCUUCAAAUGUUUCACCUCCUCUCGCACACUGAAGGAACCGGCGGAAAAUCCCUCCUGAUUGAUGGUUUCAAAGCAGCUCAGACCCUUGAAAGAGAAGACGAGGAGGCCGCCCACGUGCUAAAAAAUAGGCGUAUCGGAUGGCAUGCUAGCGGAAAUGACGGAAUCACUAUCGCGUCUAAAAACUUUACUGUUCUCAGAGCUGAGAUUCUACCAAAUAACGAAACGACUGUUACGCAAGUUAGAUGGAAUAAUGACGAUAGGAGUACCCUAAAUUACUCACCUACAGUCUGGAAGUGGUAUGAUGCUGCUAGAAAGUUUGAUGAAAUCUUGAAGCGAAAGGACAUGGAAUAUUGGGCUCAAUUAGAGCCUGGCCGGCCACUAAUAUUUGACAACUGGCGCGUUCUUCAUGGUCGAUCGGCAUUUACGGGAAAGAGGAGAAUUUGUGGAGGUUAUAUUAACCAUGACGACUAUCACUCUCGUUGGCUCAAUACCAACUUCUCUCGAUCUGAAGUGCUAGACUAUACGACCUGA